UUAUUUGCUUUCCCUACACUUUUAAGAUGUUGUAAUGGGUUAAGAUUAAAACUAGAUAUGGAUUAUUUUGCUUUAAUGAAAGAAAAACAGCAGAAAUUACUUCAUAUGAAUGUGUUCUAAUAGAGGUUGUUAAGGAAGUGAAAUGUCAUACUUCCUGUAUCCAUAGCAACAAGUAUAUGAGUGUGUGUAUGCAGAUGUGUGAGUGUGUUCACCGAAAAAAAAUCAUGAAAAAAGGACGUGUUGUUUUUGUGACUAUAUAAUGUUAUGGUUUGAACACAGUCAUUGCUGCAUCUCGGCUGAAGACUUUAUGCUAUUUUCUUUUAGUUAUUAUUUUCUUAUGAGUUAUUGUUUGAAUAAAGCGAAACCAUUUCAUAUUGUGAUGCGUUUAACAUCUUUUAAACAAGUCUCUGAGUAAUUUAUUAAGAGUAAAGUUAUUAUUUUAUUUUGUUCCUGAUCCUGUAUUAUGAACUGGACUCUGGUGGGAAGAAGUACAGAAGUCUCUCCUGCAUCUGAUUAAUAACAGAGGAAGUGGAGGGAGACUAGAGCUAAACGCGACAAAGAAAGUGUGACUAAAUAAGGAAGAAUUGAGCUGGAGGACACGAUUUAACACUUCCAGCCGACAGUAGAGUUUCUCGUGACUUUACUACAGAUCAGUCUCUCAUCAGCUCAUCUGUCAUUUUAUUACUGAACCAGUUCGGAAGAGUUUGUCUUCAUAUUUGUGAACUGAAAUCAAUGAAGAUGUUUCACAGAUUCUGGUUCUGUUUGUGUUUCUGGCGUCUGGUUGGUGUGUUUGGUGAAACGUACGUGAAAAUCGGACAUUCAGUCACUCUUAACUCUGGUCUUUCUAAAAUGAUGGAUAAUGAUCUGAUUCAGUGGGAGUGUGAAUAUGGUCUAAUCGCUGAAAUCAAUGUGACGGCCGACAGAUUCUCUGUAUAUGAUGAUGUUCCUGACGGGAUAUUCAGAGACAGACUGAAGCUGGACAAACAAACUGGAUCUCUGACCAUCACAAACAUCACAACUGAACAUGCUGGAUAUUAUGAAGUAGAGACCAAAACUGUGAGCGAGAGUUUCUGGCUCCGUGUCUAUGAUGAAAUAUCAGUGAAGGAGGGAGAUUCAGUCACUCUGAACUCUGAUCUUACUGAAAUAGAUUAUGAUCGGAUUCGGUGGGAGUUUGAAGACAGUUUAAUAGCUAAAAUCUAUGAAUGGGAUGACAGUGUCUCUGUAAAUGAUGAUGUUCUUGACGGGAGAUUCAGAGACAGACUGAAGCUGGACAAUCAAACUGGAUCUCUGACCAUCACAAACAUCUCAACUGAACAUGCUGGACGUUAUGAACUCGUGAUCUACCGUAGGAGCAGAAUGAGGAAAACGUUCUUUCUCAAUGCUGUCAAUGAUGAAAUAUCAGUGAAGAAGGGAGAUUCAGUCACUCUGAACUCUGAUCUUACUGAAAUAAUGAAUGGUGUUUCAAUAGAGUGGAGGUUUGGAGCUGAAAUCACUUUAUUAGCUCGGAUCAGUAGAAGGGAUGAUGGACUCUCUGUAUAUGAGAAUGUUCUUGAUGAGAGAUUCAGAGACAGACUGAAGCUGGACAAUCAAACUGGAUCUCUGACCAUCACAAACAUCUCAACUGAACAUGCUGGACGUUAUUUACUACAUUUAGGACCAAAACAUUUGAAUCUAAACCAGUCAUUAAAAGCUUUCACUGUUUCUGUCUAUGACUCUGUCCACUGCUGUGGUUCUACUGAAGCUGUGAUCCGAUUGGUCCUCUCUGCUCUGGUGGGCGUGGCUACUGUCAUUCUUCUGGUUUAUGACAUCAGAUCCAGAAGAGCUGAUCAAGAUCAAACACAGAUUCACACAUCAGGUAUUGAAAUCAUAAGGAGACGCUGAACUCUAAAACCACUUUAAGUGUGUUUUGUGUGGUUUGUCACAUUAAUAUAGAUAACUAAAAGUUGCUUUGCUUGUAUUAUUCAUUAUAUCAGGUUUUCAUAUUUGAUUCAGGGUUUAAGGGCUUUUAAAAUGUAAUUCUAUAAUAAUGUUUUUUAUUGUACAGAUGCAGUUUAAAAGCUUGUUGAUUAUAUUUCUCUCAGAUUAGACUCUGAUCUCACUGUACUAUUCAUUUGUCUUCUGUAUUUGCUUGCCUUUAUCAAUAAAGUUUUCUCA